UCACCUUUUAAUCCUUGUCCUCCGUUUUACCUCCUUUGUUAAUGCUCCAUUUUCUUUGUUAAUGGAAAUUCUUUGUUAAUGGAAAGAAAACUAAGCCUUUGAAUUAACUUUUUCUUUUUAAACUUUUUCGAGUGCAGUGGAUAGGCAGUCUAUGGAUAUUAAUCGACAACCGAGGAAAUUCACAUGGAGGAUCGAGAAUUUCUCGAGUAUUGCCGACGAGAAGCUCUACUCCAAAAAUUUCGAUGUCGGUGACACUCGAUGGCGACUUCUUAUCUUUCCCAAAGGGAACCGUGUGGAUUGUUUAUCAAUUUAUGUAGAUGUUGCAGAUUCAGCAACUUUGCCUUACGGAUGGAGUAGAUAUGCGCAGUUCAGAUUAGCUGUCGUCAACCAAAUUGAUCGUAAAAGUUCGAUUGCAAAAGACACUCAGCAUGAGUUUAACGCCAGGGAGAAGGAUUGGGGCUUCACUUCAUUCUUACCUCUCAGAGACUUGCACGACCCUAAAAGAGGCUACCUCGUGGAUGAUGCAUGCUUAAUUGAAGCCGAUAUUUCCACUGAUAGGAAUAGGACUAUUUAUUGGGGGUCACACGAAUUUAUGGUUGAAGCUGAUUCCGACAAACUCAAGUGCAAGGCAGCCAUAGACAACCAGAAAACGUUAGGAACAAAACCAGAAGAAACCACAACUCCUUCACCAGCUAUUCUUGCAGCUCCUGCUGUUCUAUCUCCUCCAGGGCAAGAUAAGGCAAAUUCUACCAACCAAAACUUGCCAACUGCUAACCAGAGUGAGACCAUUGAACCUGAAGACUCUAGUGGGGAAGAUAUGGACACAUUCUUUACUAGCUUAGAGUCUGAGCUUGCACGCUCUAACACUGUGCCUUCUCAAGAAGAAGCAAAGGAAGCUCUGGCCAAAAUAGAGGAAGCCUUGAAUAUGGCCCCUGCUAAUUUUUAUGAUUCAGAAUUUUAUCCACUUAAUCAAGCAUUCAAGAUCCUAUCUAGUUUUGAUUGUUCCUCUACCCUUACAAUCGAGCAAAAAAAUGAGUUGUUGGCCAUGGAGGAAAACUUUAAAGAACUACCAGACCGAGCAGCAAAAGCAGUGCAGGACAGGAAUCUCCUUACUGAGAAGGAAUCUGUCAAGCUGACCCUUAACCGUGAUCUGGAGCGUAGUUUAAUCAAAUUCAAAGAGGCCAAGGCAGAGGUGAAACAGGUGGAGCAAAAAAUUGCUGCCCUCCAUGAGCAAGUUGAUGAGGCACAAAAGAAUAGAGAGAAUAUCUUGGCUGAGCAGAAGCAAAUUUUUAGAAUUUCCAAGGAAUUGAAAAUGGAGCUGGAAGCAUUGGGAAAGCAAUGGCCAGAGUAUGAGGCCAAGGCCAACGUUGCUGAGGAGGAGGAGAAGACCGUUGAGGCAGAAUGGGUUAGAAUGAAAGACUUCAUCUCUUCUAUAAAAGGAAAGAUUUAAAGCCAACAAAUUACAUAAUAUUCCUUUUCUUUUGUUUUCCUGUUCUUCUCUUUUCUGUGUGCUCGUUUGGGUGAUAAUUUCCCGAGACUUAAAGGUCAAGAAGGUCUACUGUGAAACCUUCGAUCUUGGUGGCUACAAAUGGUAAUUUAUUAUGUUCAACUGCUUUAAUUUAUUUGUACACACUGCUAAGAUGUGGAAGGAAUUGUAUUGGUCAGGCGACUACUUAUUGUAUGUGAAUAUUGUUUGAUGAUGCCAUUUGAACUAAUAUUCUAUUUGUAAUA